AUGCUUAAAAGUGGUUUGAAGUUUCAAAAGGCGGUCAAGAAAUUAAGGGAAAGAGAUACAGAAUAUGCUUUAAUGCAAGGUGGUAUUCCGAGGAAUCUUGAUUGGGACAAUGAAAAACACUUUAUGGAAUUCUUGAAAAUUUUUUAUGAUGUUACAAAGAGUGUGUCUGGUAGUUUGCUUGUGACUUUUUCUCAAUAUUUUCAUGAGUUUUGUAAGAUCUUGCGAGUGUUCAAGGCUUCGUGUGGUAGUCGAGAUCCAUUACUUGGGAGUAUGGCUGAGAGGAUGAAGUUUAAGUAUGACAAGUAUUGGGGUAACGUAAAAAAUAUCAAUAUGAUGAUUUUUGUUGCUGUGGUUAUUGAUCCUAGAUACAAGUUGAAGUUUGUGAACUUUAGCUUUGAAAAGCUAUAUGAUAAGGAUGAUGCUGAUUUUUUAGGUAAAAAAGUGAAAGAGACAUUCUCCAAGAUGUUUGAAUGCUAUGUGAAUGCAAAUAAUGGGGGUAGAUCUUUUACUUCAGCAACAAUGGAUUGUGCAUCAGAUGUGGGAGUACCUAAUGACAACAUGGCUGGUGAUUUUUUCAAAGAGGUAAAUUCUAGCAAGUAUCAUAUCUUAUCCCAAAUAGCUAGAGAUGUCUUAGCAAUGCCGGUCUCGACUGUUGCUUCAGAAUCGGCUUUUAGCACUGGUGGAAGAGUGCUUAACAACUAUAGGAGUUCUUUAACUCCAAAGACAGUUGAGGCAUUGAUUUGUACACAAAAUUGGCUUCGUGCAUCUCCAAUGACAAUUGAUUUUGAGGAGCUUAUUGAUGAGUUUGAGAAACUUGAAUUAGAAAUUGCACUAACCGAAAAAGAUGAUGAUGAGUCUGGUAUAGAUUCAGAUUAA